GCCUAUUCGAUCACUGCACGCAGAGAGCAUCACGCUUCAAAAUUCCAUCCCAUCAACCUCUCAACACUUUCUGCGUCUCUCAACAUUUCUCAAUCUUCCAUUUUUGCCUUUGAACCAUCUCAAAGCAUCCCAAACCAACCCUGAGAUUUUCAGAUUCUGAUCGAGCGCAAUAUAGAUUCAGUUCACGCCACGCGCUUUGAUCUCAGUUUGAUCCGCGGUUAUUGCUGUUUGGAUUCGGGCUGGCCAAGCGACGCCUUGAAAUAAUUGAAUCUGCAGCGUUGGGUCUAGCGACGGAGAUUGAUCGGAAUCCAUGGAGGCGAUCGAGGAAUUGUCGGAGCUGUCCAAUGCCAUGCGGCAGGCGUCGGCGCUGCUCGCUGACGAAGAUGUAGACGAGUCCGCUCCAUCCAGGCGCGCUUCCACUUUCCUCAAUGCUGUUGCUCUCGGCAACAUUAACCCAUUUUGCUCAAGGAAAGACGAGAUACUGUGGAUUGCAUAGUUAUCAGUUACGUGGUUGAGGAAAUGGGUUUUUAUGUUAAAAUUAGGUUAUAGCAAGCUUCUUAGCAGAAUACAGUGGUCUCUGUGUGACUCAUUUUUAGAAUUGAAAUUUGUCGUUGGGAUGGUAUAAGCUCUAAGAUGAAGUACAAUUUUAGGGGAGAUAGUCUCUCAGCAUGGGAUUGUCUCACUGUGGGUUAUAUUGUGCCUGUAGAGUAGCUGAUGUUGCAGGUCGAUUCAAUCUUAAUCAUUGAGUAAACAUUGUGUUCUAUUCCUAAUUAGGUUGACCUAUUGCAGGGGAGAUGGCGCGGUUGUGUCAUCUGCAUAAUGUUUUUCUAAGAGGCCUGAUAUUUUUGUACUAUAUGCCCCAUUUUUCUUCGACCUUUCUUCUUUGUGCAUUCAGUUCUUUUAAUUUUAUUGACCAUGGGCUCCACGAUUACAAAAUUGUAUAAUUUGGCUCAAGAUUUGAAUUGUUCUACAUAAAUAUUUCCUUAAAGCAAUGAUCAAAUAUCAAGCCUUUGGUCCUUAGUUUCAAGAAGGGCUUAGGAUUCCUGCAAUUAUAAUCUCUUGACCAGUGACGCAUCACAGGUAAUGCCCAAUUUUCUGUUUUAUCAUACUAUUUCAUACUAUAAUAAGUCAGGCCAUUCAUUUUGUCUGGCUUCAUAAUUGAUGUUUAGUUUUUAUAACCUGAAAUGUUUACUUUCUUAAUUGAUGCUUUAUAUAAAAUUAAAUAUAUAUUACAUUUAUCAGUUCAUUUUAUUAAUAAACCAUCUCUUAUUUUUCUCAAUAUGUAUUUUCUCCUACAGCUUAAGUUGCUUGUUCAAAUUCAAUUAAUUUGAUCAUUCAGAUAAUUUGAAGAACUAUAAGAUGCUUUUCUAAUGUACUUAUGGAUAUGAACUGAUGAGUGCACCUGGUUAUUGAAGUCAUGGUAAAAUUAACUCGUCUCAUUUAGUUGACAAUUUUUUUACUGAAUCUAAUAGUGUGCAGUUUUAACUGGUUUGCAUGAUAAACAAUAAUAUCAAAUGAAUGGUAGUCUAAUUUAUUGAGAAGGCCUGUUUAAACAUUUGCAUUAAUAAAAUAUGGUGCUUCCUAGACAGGUGAGGUAAAAAAUGUUAGUGAAGACCAAGAGGUUUGUAAUAUAAUUGGUUUGCCCCUGUUUUCUCCAUAAGAAACCUUAUCUUUUGGAUCUUGCUUCAGUUGUGAAUUUGGGGAACUGGGAAUGGGACAUGUUUGCUGUUGUGGGGUCUUUCCUCAAUUAUGAUUUUUAUUUUUUUGUUGCAAGCAGUGAUUCAUGGUCUUUUGCUUUUAGCAGAUGGUAUAUCUACUAGGUUUAUAGUGAGUGUCAAUGCAUAAUAAGAAUUUCGACUUAGAUAAGCAACCUAUUUAGAUGUGUAUUAAGGAAUAAUGCACAGGUGUAUUUAUUUUAUUUUAUUUUUUUUGAAUUUUUUACAUUGUUCAUUUUACCUUGUUAUGCAAUUGAAAAUAACGUCUCACUGGGAAAUAUCUAUCCAGGGUGCAGGCAAGUCUGCUGUAUUGAACAGCCUAAUAGGACAUCCAGUAUUGCCAACUGGUGAAGGUGGUGCCACACGUGCUCCAAUCGUUGUUGACUUAACAAAGGACAGCUCUCUAAGUAGCAAAUCCAUUAUUUUGCAGAUUGAUAGUAAAUCUCAACAAGUUUCUGCAAGUGCUCUUCGGCAUUCAUUACAGGACAGACUGAGCAAAAGUUCUGGCAAGAGUCGAGAUGAAAUAAAUUUGAAGCUCCGAACAAGUACAGCUCCACCGUUGAAACUAAUUGAUUUGCCUGGGGCCGAUAAGGGGAAUCUCGAUGAUUCACUGAGUCAAUAUGCUGAACACAGUGACGCGAUAUUAUUAGUUGUAAUACCUGCAUCCCAGGCCCCGGAAGUGGCCUCAGCAAAAGCUAUCAGGAUUGCUAAGGAGCUUGAUGGGGAAACCGUUGGAAUUAUUAGCAAGAUAGAUCAAGUUUCAUCGGAACCAAAAGUCCUUGCUGCAGUGCAGGCUCUGUUGUUAAAUCAAGGACCCCGAAGUACAGCUGACAUCCCAUGGGUUGCCUUGAUUGGCCAAUCUGUCUCUAUAGCAUCUGCUCAAUCAGGGUCUGUUGGUGCUGAUAAUUCGUUAGAAGCUGCUUGGCGAGCGGAAAGUGAAAGUUUGAAAUCUAUCCUGACAGGUGCUCCACAAAGUAAGCUUGGGCGAUUAGCCUUGGUAGAGACCUUGGCCCAACAGAUCCGAAACCGUAUGAAAGUUAGACUUCCAAAUCUUCUCUCUGGACUUCAGAGUAAGUCCCAAGUUGUACAGGAUGAACUAGUCAGACUUGGUGAACAGAUGGUUAGUAGUGCUGAAGGUACACGAGCUCUAGCGCUGGAACUCUGCCGCGAGUUUGAAGACAAAUUCCUCCAGCAUAUCACAACUGGAGAGGGUGGUGGAUGGAAAGUUGUUUCUACUUUUGAAGGCAAUUUCCCCAAUAGAAUCAAGCAACUACCUUUAGAUAGACAUUUCGAUAUGAAAAAUGUAAAGAGGAUUGUGCUCGAAGCAGAUGGUUAUCAACCUUAUCUUAUCUCUCCAGAGAAAGGAUUGCGGUCUUUAAUUAAAGGAGUUUUGGAGCUUGCUAAAGAACCUUCACGACUUUGUGUUGAUGAGGUGCACCGAGUACUUGUUGAUAUUGUUGCAGCUGCUGCAAAUGCUACCCCUGGCCUUGGAAGAUAUCCUCCUUUUAAGAGAGAGGUUGUAACUAUUGCCUCAACCGCUCUGGAAGAUUACAAGAACAAUGCGAAGAACAUGGUAGUCGCACUUGUUGAUAUGGAACGGGCAUAUGUUCCUGCCCAACAUUUUGUCCGUCUGGUGCAGAGGCGGAUGGAUAGACUACGACGUGAAGAUGAACUGAAAGGUCGAUCUUCCAAAAAGGCUGUUGAUGCUGAACAAUCCAUACUAAAUAGGAAUGAGUGCUUCAUUCAGGCAACUAGUCCCCAAACUGGAGGCCAACCAGGGGAGGGGAGCUUAAAGUCAAUGAAGGACAACAAAUCCAGUCAACAAGAUAAAGAAAAAGAUGUACAAGAAGGACCAGUCUUGAAGACUGCUGGGCCGGAAGGGGAAAUAACAGCAGGUUUCCUAUUGAAGAAAAGUGCUAAAACUAAUGGGUGGAGUAAAAGAUGGUUUGUUUUAAAUGAAAAAACAGGAAAACUUGGAUACACCAAGAAGCAAGAAGAGCGACAUUUUCGUGGUGUUAUCACAUUGGAGGAAUGUAACCUGGAAGAAGUUUCAGAGGAGGAAGCAGCUCCUUCAAAGAGUUCCAAAGACAAAAAGGGAAACAGUCCAGAUGUGGAAAAACCACCCAGUCUUUUGUUCAAGUUAACAAGCAGGGUUCAAUAUAAGACAGUUCUCAAAGCCCAAAGUGCUGUUGUCUUUAAGGCUGAAAGUGCGGCAGAGAAGGCCGAGUGGUUGAACAAGUUAAGAAACGUAAUCAGCUCCAAAGGCGGUCAAGUGAAGACUCAAUUUGAUUCUCCAAUGCGACAGAGUCAUUCUGAUGGUUAUCUUGAUACCAUGUCAAGAAAACCUGCUGAUCCUGAGGAAGAACUCCGGUGGAUAGCUCAGGAAGUGCGCGGUUAUGUUGAAGCUGUUCUCAACAGUCUUGCCGCCAAUGUCCCAAAGGCAGUUGUUCUUUGUCAAGUUGAGAAGGCAAAAGAAGACAUGCUUAACAAGUUGUAUAUUUCUGUGAGUUCCAUAAGCAUGGCAAGAAUUGAGGAGCUGAUCCAGGAGGACCAUAACGUGAAAAGCAGGAGAGAACGCUAUCAGAAACAAUCCUCCCUUCUUUCCAAAAUUAUUCGGCAGUUAAGCAUUCAUGACAAUAGGGCUGCAGCUGCUGCCUCCGGUUUUUUAGAAGGUGGUGGAGCAGAGAGUAGCCCAACAGCCACUGGUUCAUCUUCAGGGAGUGACUGGAGAUCGGCAUUUGAUGCUGCCGCUAAUGGUCCAACUGAUUCCCCAAGAUCCGGCAGUCAUGGCCGGCGUUAUAGUGACCCUGCACAGAAUGGUGAUGUAAGCUCAGCAGUCUCAAACUCCGGCAGCCGCCGAACACCUAAUCGUUUGCCACCUGCUCCUCCAUCUUCCGGCUCUGGUUAUAGAUUCUAGAAUAGUCGGGUAAUUUUGACAAUUGAUUCUUGCAUUUCAUAUUACUGUCAAUUAUUUUUCUUUCACACUUAAUUAAGUCUCCCGUUGGCCUAUAUCUGUCGUCCUUUUUUGCAGUAGCAGUGUAGGAAUCAAUAUACCUUUCAUGUAGAUAAAUGAUGGAUAAAUACUUUGUCGCCCAUUUGUCGAUUGUUUUGCUAGUUGCUGAUUUUCGUUGUGCAACCUCCAGAUUAUCGUCUUGAGAAGUUUUUAUAGUCGAUUUUGAGUUUCUGGUGUAAUUUUGCACGAUAUUCUUGCGCAACCAAUUGCUGAAAAUCACUUGCAUUCUUUGAUCCCAGUAUUAGUCAAGGACUCCGAGCUUCGAUUCUUGGAAUGUUUGUCUUUGGGAGAUAAAAAGUUUCACAUGUAGUUAAUUAACGGCGGAUUUUUUAUAAAGGUAUUUUCGUUAUGUUGUAUAGAUUUAUUUAAUCUUUUGAUACAAGGA